UAAUAUGAUAAGGUAUACAUAAUGUGGCAUAAUGAUAUAAUUUAUAUUUUGGAAUAUAUUAUUUUGUAGAAAAAUAAGUUGGGACACUCUCCAACUCGUGCUCACAUGUUUAAAGUAUGUUAUACAAAGGAGAUAGGAACCCCUGAGGCAACGAAAGCAAUGAUAGAUGAAAUGAAUGUGAGGACAAUCUUAAAUGCAAAUUUAUCAAAUAAGGGCCCAAAUGAUGCAUUUGGACAAGUGAUGGGUAAAGAAAAACAUGGACGAGUUUGCAUGUAUGGAUUAGGUGUCUCCUCAUCUAAUUUAUGGAGAGAUACAUCUAGUCAUAAAGCAAACCAAGACACAACAAUGGAUGUUAUGGAAGGUGAAAAUUCAGAGCUAAGGUCCAAAGUUUCCCAUGUUCAGCAUGCUCCGAAUAACUUGACAAACACAUCUAAUCAGGUGGGAGAUAUAGUUGUUCUAAAAAGUAUCAUUAGGCCAACAGAAACAGUUGCAAUCGGAGUAUUUAAAAGCACAGACACAUCUAAAGAAGUAGAAGGGGAAGAACUAGGACCUGACUAUUGGGAGGUACAUGUUCAAUUGCCAAUCAAACCUAAUGAGAGCUUGAUCUGAUCAUAUGGACUUGUCAAAACAAUUGGACAAGUUAUUGGAGCUCAUGUUGCUUGGCCUGCUCCAUUUGUGAUUUCACAAGUUAUGGAUGCUAGUCGAGAAUAUUUAUACAAGUGAGGUUGAGAAUUUGGGAACUAAUUUUAUUUUUGAUAAUUUUUCUCUCCGGAAUAUGCAUAUCACUAUGGCUUUUCAGAACUUAUGGUCGGAAUAAUUUUCUUUUAAAUUGUUUUUGCUUUAACUUUGUUAGUGUGGUAGAAUAUUUAAUAAUUUUGGAUUGAGAUUUUAAUGAAUAAUUGAUUGUGGU